AAAUAAUAAAAAAAAUCCAUCAUCCCCGCGGCGACUUUUCCUCUCCACCGUAUCCUCCUCCUCCCCUGUGCCGCCCUGCCCUAUCUCAAGCUCCGAUCCACCGUGCCCUAGACCUGCCGCCGAACGUGCCCUAGCCACCGCCGGCGCCCCCCGCGCGCGGUCGCCGUCUCCGCCCUACCUCGCCGCGCCCCCGCCCCCGUCCCGCCCGCAGCCUUCGUUUCCGAGAUCCGCCUCCGAUCUGCUCGGCGGCAGGCGCUGUUGCUGUCGUUGUUGAAGGAGGAGGAGGAGGAGGAGGAGGAGAGGGAGCCCUAGACUCCUAGGGCAAGGCCGAAGCAGAUGGGGGCACCGAAGCAGAAGUGGACGGCGGAGGAGGAGGCGGCGCUCAAGGCCGGGAUAGGCAAGCACGGGGCCGGGAAAUGGCGCACCAUACUCAAGGACCCCGAGUUCAGCAACAUCCUGCGCUACCGCUCUAACGUUGACCUCAAGGACAAGUGGCGGAACAUGAAUGUCACGGUGAACGCGUCGGGCACUCGCGACAAAGUGAGGACGACGACCACGACGACACCCACGGCUAAGAAGCCGAGGUCUGCUCCGAAGCAGGAAAACCACCCGACGUCGAUCACCACCAUCACCUCCGACGGCGAUGAUGACGUCGUCGAUGUGAAGCCUAUCAUAAAGCCUAUUGUGACGUUUACUACAGGUUCAGGGAAUAAAUCGCUAUCCAGGCUAGAAAAUAUCAUACUGGAGGCCGUGAAGACCUUGAAUGAGCCUACAGGGUCAUACAAAACAGCCGUUGCUAAUUACAUAGAGGAACAAUACUGGCCACCUGCUGAUUUUGAUCAUGUACUGUCUGCAAAACUGAAUGAGUUGACAUCAUCUGGGAAAUUGAUGAAGGUGAAUCGGAAGUACAGGAUAGCCCCUAGCUCGUCCUUUUUAGAAGGGCGAAGCUCCAAAAUGCUGCUGCUUGAUGAUAUAAAAAAGGAGCCAACCAAGGUAGAGAAGGUAGAGCGGGAUGGCUUUACAGCCCACACCAAAUCUCAGGUAGAUGCUGAACUUGCACGGAUGAGAAACAUGAGCGCAGAAGAGGCUGCAGCUGCAGCAGCUCGUGCGGUUGCUGAGGCAGACGCUAUCAUGGCGGAAGCUGAAGCCGCAAUGAGGGAAGCGGAGGCUGCAGAAGCUGAUGCUGUAGCUGCACAAGCCUUUGCGGAAGCAGCAAUGUUGACAUUAAAAAACAGGAGUUCCGCAAAAUUGAUCAUUCGAGGUUGACACAUCUUGUGGGACCUGCUUCAGCGUCCGCUUUCCUCUGACCUUGUUGUGCGCGCGUGCAUGCCUGCUGAAUUCCAGCGCAAACUAACUGAUGCUUUGGUGUUACUGGAGCCAUCGAGCUGAUGGCAAUGCUGAUCUGUUAUUUUAAUCCAUGCAAGCUCAUCCCAGAUUCAAGCAGCGCAAACUUGCUUGGUUUUCUGACUUGCACCUUGAAGCUAGUUACCUUUCUCCCUCAUGCCGGUUUGCCGAGGGAUGGAGGAAGACAAACUCAUAUUUAACUCCCACAUUACAGAGACGUAAAUGCGAUCUGCACGGGCUGUGGGAUGAUGAGAAGCUGAAUAAAUACAGAUGAUGGUCAUUCCAUCUUUCUGGACCCUUGUUGCUGUCAUGGUUUAGGUCACUGCCAUGUUGGAAUUUUAUUCACCAUGUGUUGGAUUACCUUACCUUCCUUUUGCGGCGAAUCUUCCGAAUGAACGGUGCCUUUCAGUUUGCCGCUUGUCUGUCUGGUCUGCCCCAGGCCAAGGUAUUUGGUACAGAAUAAUCACAGCGUCUAUAGAAUUCAUUCAUGUAUUCAGUCUGUAUAAGUUUGCCAAGCCAAAAUAGUUGGCAACAUAACAUGUUUUGGCAAGCCGAAUUCACCCAAUAUUUAUCUUGGUAUUGUACCGGUGCUUGGAAAAAACGCAGUUGUACAUUUGGUGAUCCAACGUCUACCAAUCUUUGAUAUCGGUGAACUUGGGUGGCA